AUGGGGUUCUGGGACGAGGAGUUUGCACAUGACCGGGUGGAUAUCGUGGCAAAGCUCGGGAUGAACUUCCUCAUCAUCUGCGUUUGUUUCAUUCUUGUCUUGGCGGUGUAUUGGGGGUCAUUUUACGGGAAGCCGCUGCGGUACAAGAACUUGGAGUUUCUCGUAGCGAUAGACGAGACAGAGAUCCUGGGGGUGGCUCCGCUAUUAAGCCAGACGAUCCAAUUGGUGAUUAAUUCUGCUGCGGGGAGGGAAUAUGGAGACUGGCAGGUGAUGAACAGCACUGUGCUUCGGAGCUUCGCCGAUGCCCACAACAACACCGUCCGGGAGGAAGUCGACCGAUUGAUUCACCACCAAAAGUACUGGGGUGCUAUCUAUGUCCAUGCAAAUGCCACAUAUGACUACGCUACAGCCUUCAGAACAAGUAACACCUCCUUCACCCCCGUGAACACGUUAGUCGAGUUUGUAUACGAAAGCGCGCGUGACAUCUCCAUAAGCUCCUAUUUGAAGCCCAUCUUUAGCGAGAUCGAUGCCAUCUACCAGGCUGAGUUGUACCGCAGCUUCUUCCCUGCCUUUUUUGAAGUUGUGGGACAAAAACAGCUCCAGAGCUUGCUUCUGGACCCGGCCUUGCUCACUGCCGUUCCAGCGGUCAACUAUAGAGAUAACAUUCCGAUCCCCGACUAUAUCUUUAUGGCACCCCUUCAGAUCGGAUUGGUGUACAUGAUUGUGUUUUCGUUUUUCCAGUUCUUGAACUUUGUUAAGCUUCACACCUGGGUUUCAACCCGCGUGUUUGGCAUACGGUAUAUUAUCUACCGUAUGACCAUUUCGCACGGUUCCUACGUUGUUGUUGCGUUAGCCUACGCCGUGCUCAACGUGGCCUUCCAGAUCGACUACAAACAGACAUUUGGCAAGUCUGGGUUCUUGGUGCUCUGGGCGUUUGCCUAUUUGAUGAUGGCUAGUCUUGGGGGUUUGAACGAACUAGUGUUCCUCUACAUUCUUACAUUUUUCCCGCCGCUUAUCGGUUUCUGGUUGUUGGCCACCAUUGCCAUCAACUUGGCCCCAACGUUAAACCCGAUUCCUUUGUGCAGCCGUUUCUAUCAGUACGGCUACGCUGUUCCAGUCUGGAACGCCCACCAGAUCAUGGGUGUCUUGUUCUUUAACACCUGGAAGGGUAAGUUGGGCAGAGAAAUUGGUGUUUUGUUGGCCUGGACUGUGAUUACAACGGCAGCAGUUCCUUUCGCCAUGAUACACACCUCUAAGAUUAGGGCCAGACAGGAGGCGCGUGCCAAGGAACGCGCCGCCGAAGAAGCUAUCAGUGUGAAGUAG